AUGUCAAUUUAUGAAUGCAUCCUGAUCUCUCAGUCUUUAGUUAAGUGGCAGCAAGCUGACCUGCAAGAUGGUUCAUUGAGAGCAAAGGCUAUACGUUAUGAUGUUUGCCAGUUAAAACGUCAACUCUACUCUGAAUAUCAUAGCUUGCAACUUUCAGCUGGAAGCCAGGACAUGGAUUGGUGGUGUCUGCCUGGGUUUCUGGUCUUUGGGACCUGUCUCCUGGUUUCUGGCCUGCCAACUCCAGAAUACUUUGUCAAAGAUGUCGAUGGGGGAAUCGAUCGGGACAUCUUUGAUAUCAAUGAAGAUUUGGGAUUGGAUCUCUUUGAUGGGGACAUCAAUCUCGAGACACCAGAUAGAAAUUCCAUCAUUGGAGAAGAAUAUAGAUGGCCUCAUACCAUUCCAUACGUUCUGGAAGACAGCUUGGAAAUGAAUGCUAAAGGAGUUAUCCUCAAUGCAUUUGAACGCUAUCGUCUAAAAACAUGCAUUGAUUUUAAGCCUUGGACUGGAGAACCUAAUUAUAUAUCAGUAAUCAAGAGCAGUGGCUGCUGGUCUUCGGUAGGAAACAGGCGUGUUGGGAAGCAAGACCUCUCUAUUGGUGCAAACUGUGACAGAAUAGCAACAGUUCAGCAUGAGUUCCUCCAUGCCCUGGGCUUCUGGCAUGAGCAGUCGCGUUCUGAUCGGGAUGACUACGUCAGCAUAAUUUGGGACAGAAUUCUGGAAGGCAGAGAGCACAAUUUUAACAUCUACGAUGACAAAGUAUCAGACUCCUUGAAUGUUCCCUAUGAUUAUACCUCAGUAAUGCACUACAGCAAAACUGCAUUCCAAAAUGGAACAGAGCCAACCAUUGUAACCAGAAUCUCAGACUUUGAGGAUGUGAUUGGCCAACGAAUGGACUUCAGUGACUAUGAUCUCUUAAAGUUGAAUCGACUGUAUAACUGCUCCUCUUCCUUAACCUUCAUGGACUCAUGCAAUUUUGAACUAGAAAAUGUGUGUGGUAUGGUUCAAAGUUCAAGAGAUAGUGCUGACUGGCAACGGGUUUCACAGGUUUCCAGUGGCCCAGAGAAUGAUCACUCCAACAUGGGCCAAUGCAAAGGUUCUGGUUUCUUUAUGCAUUUCGACAGCAGCUCUGUAAACGAGGGAGCAACAGCAGUGUUGGAAAGCAGAAUAUUCUACCCUAAGAGAGGAUUUCAAUGCUUGGAAUUUUAUUUAUAUAAUAGUGGAAAUGAAAAUGAUCGACUGAACAUCUACAUUAGGGAGUAUUCUGCAGGCAAUCUGAAUGGUACUUUAACUCUCAUACAGGAAAUCAAAGAAAUACCAGUUGGAAGCUGGCAACUUUAUUAUGUAACACUACAAGUGACCAACAAAUUUCGAGUGGUGUUUGAAGGACUCAGAGGCUCCGGUGCAUCAUCCGGUGGUUUGUCUAUUGACGACAUCAAUCUUUCUGAGACACGUUGCCCUCAUCAUAUCUGGCAUAUAAGGAAUUUCACACAGCUCGUUGAGAGCCAAAAUGGGACUCUGUAUAGCCCUCCAUUUUAUUCUCCUAAAGGUUAUGCUUUUCAGAUUUACUUGGAUCUAAAAUCUGGGACUGAUGUCGGCAUAUAUUUUCACUUGAUUUCUGGAGCCAAUGAUGAUCAGUUACAGUGGCCAUGUCCUUGGCAGCAAGCCACGAUGACGCUCUUGGAUCAAAAUCCUGACAUUCGGCAGCGUAUGUCCAACCAGCGAAGUGUCACUACAGACCCAUUUAUGACCACUGGUAAUGGGAACUAUUUUUGGGACAGGCCUUCCAAAGUGGGAGCUGUGGUUUCGUUCCCUAAUGGAACUCAGUUUCACAGAGGCCGGGGCUAUGGAACCAGCAUUUUUCUAAGCCGUAAGAGGAUGCAAAGCAGAGAUUUUAUAAAGGGAAAUGAUGUUUUUAUCCUACUUACAGUGGAAGACAUAGCUCACCUCAAUACCUCACAAGUGCAGCCAAUCCCAACCUCUGAUAUCCUUGACCUCUGCUCCAGUUUCACAUGUGAGAAUGGCGGCAUCUGCACUGUCAAAAAUGACAAAGCUGAGUGCAGGUGUCCUGCAGGGGAAGACUGGUGGUUCAUGGGAGAAAGGUGUGAGAGGAAGGGCUCCACCCGAGACACCAUCAUCAUUGCUGCUUCUUCUACUGCUGCUGUAUUUGGCUUGAUGCUCAUCGUCACGCUCAUUAGUGUCUAUUGUACCCGGAAGAAAUAUCGUCCAAAGACAAGUUCAAAUACAGAAAAUAUAAAUCUAGAAAACCAAUAUGCUUUUUGAAGAUUAACUCAACAAUACAAGCUAGCAAAUGAAACGAAAAAGGACUCUUCAUCGUGGAUUUACCUAAGCUAUAAUUACAACAUCGCAUUCUUCUCAAAAUGGCUCU